UCGGCACGGUUGCAGCUACUUCGUCGUGCUAGUGCGUAGUUUAGCGGUGCCUGAAUAUUCUAUACCAGUCUUGAUACUGCAACAGUAUCCAAUCGCGGAAUUAAGCUGUUUUUAUUUAUAACUUUGAACUGUUUACAAUUUUAAGUUAGUGCAUACUACCAGUGAGAACUACAGGAAAACGGUGAUUGGAAAUUCUCCAAAAGAGUACGCCGUUGUUCACGAUAGUCUUGCACUACCGUAAAUCCCAUCCCGUAUAAUAAUCUCAUAGAUAGUGCUGAUCAUUGUGUGCACUGUGGAAGAUACAGUCUUAGAACUUUUAUAUUAGAAGCUUUACACAAAUUGCCAUUUUCUACGUCGCUGUGAGGCUGUCGUGUAUUACGGUGCCUACGGGAUUACGGAGUUUCAAACGUAUUCUUCGUGGAGCUUCAAGGCUAGCUUGUAUUACGGUGCCUACAGAAUUACGGAGUUAACUAACUUUUCAAGCGCAUUCUUCGUUGACCUUUGAGGCUAUCGUGUAUUACGGUGCCUGCAAGAUUACGAAGUCGACAAACGUAUUCUUUUUGGAGCUUCGAGGCUAUCGUGUAUUACGGUGCCUACAGAAUUACAGACUUAACCAACUUUUCAAGCGCAUUCUUCGUGGACCUUUGAGGCUAUCGUGUAUUACGGUGCCUACCAACCUAAGCUGCACUCGACUAACGUUUGGAGGGAAAGAAGCAACGACAGAAGAUCUAAUGAGGAUGAUUGCCACAGACGUUCGUCACGACACGCUUAAGGCGACCAAAAAUGCCUUCAGUUCAAUAAAUUCGGCCAUCGCUGAAACUUUGGCAUACAACAAAAGGAGCGACAUGCGCCUAAGACUGGGUUGGUUGAGACGCAAAGGAGACGGUCAAGCGGCCAGUGUACGGCCCAUGCCUGAGGAGGCUCAGUCCUGGGCCAAAAGUUUCCACGCACUCAUGGAGUCGAAGUAUGGACAAGCUUUGUUCCGGGCGUUCCUUCAACGUGAAUUUAGCGAUGAAAAUGUCGAGUUUUGGUUGGCUGUUGAGGAGUACAGGAGAACGCGACCAAACAAAAUGCCUGCGAAAGCAUCAAAAAUUCACGCCGACUAUGUUGCUGUACAAGCCCCUAAGGAAAUAAACCUGGACCCCGCAACACGUAACGUCAUUGCAGAGAAUCUCAACAGCGCCGACAAGACCAUAUUCGACGUCGCCCAGAAGAGGAUACAGACCAUCAUGGAGUCUGAUUCCUAUAGCAGAUUUUUGCAAAGUGAACUAUAUCGGGAAUUGCUAAAUCCGGUUCCAGAUUCUUCCACAGUAACAUAUUAAUUAGAUUUUUCUCUUUCACAUUAUCUAUAUUUGAAAGUCUAUUUGUAUGAAAUAUUAUAAGGCUGGAGAGCAUGAUUUAGCAUCAAGGUACAUCGCAGCGAGUGCUCCACCACACUGCAGCUUGUGUUUACAACACUACCAAAGAAGCGGAAGAAUCGCGUCAAGGAAAUAUCUCUCAGAAAAUUAAAUACUUUUGCGAUCAUCAAGCUUCCCAGUGAAAGUGUACAGUUGUACAUAAAAAUCCUUUUAAUAGUUUGAUACCUAUUUAUAAGCCUAUAAUAAUUUGUUACUAGUUUUAGAAAACCUAGAGUCAUUCAUCUUCAUAGGAGCUAUCAACUGCUCUUCCCUUCGAAUCCCUUCCUGGCCGCUGACAGAGGUUAGAUGCAAUCUAUGGCUACGUUGGAAUCCUAAUGGUUCAAUUAAAACAGAAAAUUCAUUCGUAUGUCAAUAAUUAUAGUAUGUUAAUUUAAAUCAUGUAUAAUUAUUGUCCGAUCGGUUUCAUAUUUUGAGUAGAUAAAAACAUUACGUUUUGUGGCGGGGGGUGUGUGACGAAGGUGACAGCGAUGUGACUGUAGGCGGCACUCCUCAGAACUUGUUCGGCCUGCAUAAGAUCCUGUCGUCUGACUCAUGCGCCAAUCUGAAGGAACUUUUACUCCCAGAAUUCAGAGGUUUGGCUUAAGAUGCUAGGCGUGUGCAUGAUCUCUGAAGUCUCGUACGACUGCAAUCCCUUUGGAGCUUCCGGUGUCCUCCACUCCAGUCAUCUACUGAUGAUCUUUAUACUGUCGCAGUGGUUAUGAUCCUAUCAUAUUACUGAUGAUUAUGUAACAGUAAUGAUGAUCAUGUCACGGUAAUCAUUAUCAUGUCAUAAUUAUCAUUUUAUUUUCAGGUCACGGUAAUUACGAUCACGUUACAGUAAUUUACUUCCGCUCAUAGUAAUCUUGAUUUUUUAUUAACAACAGCCAGAAACCGUCACAGAUUUGGCAGGGUUGUUUCAUGACCAUCAUCGUCACCUUGCAAUUCAAGCUAGCUAGCCUUUACUAUUUACCCUGUAUCUCAUUUACAUUUAAAUCCCACCAACCAUUAUUGUUGUUCUUGUAGCACCCAAAACCUGCCUUCCGUACCGCAGUAACCCGUUAACCCUUGCGAAACUUCAGCGCUUUUGAACGUUCAUUCUCGCCCGAUUGCCAGACGAAAUGUUCAUGUUCAACUAUUUUUCAGUGGCACCUUAAAAUAAUCAAUAUUUUUCAUAUUUAGUUUAUAAUAAAUUGUAUUUAAUGGUGUGUGCAGCACUUUGGUUGGUUAGAUAACGUUUUAAUAAUUUUUUUUAAUUCAUUCGCUCGCUAAAAUCAUUACUUCUGUUCAUUUCACUUUAUUCUAGUCAUUAUCCGUUUACAGAGAUAGGAAUACUUAUUUUAAUCGUCUUUUCUAAAUUAAAACUUCGUCUAAUUGUGUCCGUGUUCAGUUCGUUCAGGCAGUGACAUCUUGAUGUUUUAAUGUGAUAUUUAUUGCGAGAGACGGUGUAUGAUGAUUUUCGUGUCAAUGAUACGAUAUCGUUUUUUCAGAAUUGACGAAUUACUGAAUGUUACAAUGAAGUUUUUAGACUGGAUUGCGUAAAUUUUCAAUUUGUGUCAGUGUUUAGCUCCAUGAAGCAGGUUCGCUUUUCUACACAGUAUUAAGUUCUCGAAUAUGUUCGUAUGCGCUGUGAUGACCACUGAAUUGAUAUUUUAUUUAUCAUAUUCUCCUCUAAAUUAAUAUUUAUUUAUGCUAUUAACCACUAAAUUAAUACUGAAAUCAUCAAAUUAAUUUAAUGUUUAUCACAAAAAUUUUACUUGUAUCGUGUGUAUUCUUAAAUGCAGUGUCAACCAUGAUGUUGAAAUAGAGUUGAUGAAUUUUAUGCUAUUGAAAAAAUAACUUCUACCUGAAUUCUGACUGAGCUGACAAUCGUUCCUGAGUUCUAAUGUGACGCUUGCCAGAACUCGCGUGUCAAAUACACUUGAUACACACAUUUAUGUUAUGUUGAUUUCGUGUAUGCUGUUGAUAUGACUGCGCGAUCUCGCACGGAAAAUGCAUUGCGUACGCGAUAGAAAUUGCAAAGGAAGCACCAACUUAUGUGGGAAAAAAUUACAAACUAAAACUAAUGGCAAGACUUGCCUAGCCCCAUGACACCUGGCAUCGCCUAGCCCCAAAAUGAAGGCAUCCGAAGAUCGGCCAGGAUAUAGAGAAGAGAUUUCCGUUAAGAGAGUGAAGAGAAGCAAGUUGAAGAAAUGGAAAGACAGCAAGAGCACUUGAAAACCUCGUUUAAAAUUACGCUUAACAUAUUGAACCGACAAAUAAAGGCCGUGAUUGACACCGGGAGUACGAACAGUAUUAUGACAUCGGCAAUAGUGAAAAAUUAUAGUAUGCUGUUAUCUCGUGUAUGCUGUUGAUAACGACUGCGCGAUCUCGUGUAUGCUGUUGAUAACGACUGCGCGAUCUCGUGUGUGCUGUCGAUAACGACUGCAUGAUCUCAGGUUUACUAUUUUUUUUGUUCGAUUCGUUUUAAUAAUGGUCAUUCGUCUAAUAUAUUCGUUGAUAUCUUAUUUAUUGCCUAAAAUAUUAUUGUUUUCAAUCGCUAGCAUGUGUUGCGCAUUCCUUAACAAAUUCAUUCCACCUCUAAGAGGUUAUCAUGUAUCCAAUAUUGUGAUGUUAUGAACUACAGACUUACUUAAUUCAAUAAAAUGUAUAGAAUAUAA